UCUUCCUAUUACUUUGCUUUCCGCAACAACUACUCACUUAUUCUUGUCUUAAUUUUCCUUUUUACAACGACCAAACCAAAAACAACUCUGAUUCUGAAUUACAACAACCAAACCAAAAACAAGUCUGAUUCUGAAACUAGGAGAAUGGGUUUUGUGAUCAUCAUAUCAAUGAAUUUGAUGGUUUGGGUAUCAUUCAUAUUAUUAGUUAGUGUUAAUGGUAGAUUUGUAGUAGAGAAAAGUAGUAUAUCAGUUUUAUCACCUGAUAAUUUACGUUCUAAACAUGAUAGUGCUAUCGGCAAUUUUGGUAUUCCUGAUUAUGGAGGUACACUGAUAGGUACUAUCGUUUAUCCAUCCGAUAAAUCAUCAUCAAAUGGUUGUAACUCUUUUGACGUCAAAUCUCACUCUUCUUCUGCUCCCAUUUUUCUUCUCCUUGAUCGUGGAGACUGCUACUUUGCUUUGAAAGUAUGGAAUGCACAAAAAGCUGGAGCAGCAGCAGUUUUAGUAGCUGACAACAUAGACGAACCUUUGAUAACAAUGGAUUCUCCAGAGGAGAGUAGCGAUUCUGAAGGGUAUAUAGAUAAGAUUAAAAUACCAUCGGCUUUGAUUCAUCGCUCUUUUGGUGAGACAUUGAAGAAAGCCUCACUGAAAGGGGAAGACAUUAUGAUAAAACUGGACUGGACAGAAUCUAUGCCACAUCCGGACGAGAGAGUCGAGUACGAGUUGUGGACAAAUAGCAAUGAUGAGUGUGGAGUCCGCUGCGAUGAUCAGAUGAAUUUCGUCAAGAAUUUUAAAGGUCAUGCUCAGAUUCUUGAGAAGGGUGGUUUUACUCAAUUUACACCUCACUAUAUAACUUGGUAUUGUCCUGAGGCUUUUAUCCUAAGCAAACAAUGCAAGUCUCAGUGUAUAAACCAUGGGAGGUACUGUGCACCCGAUCCAGAACAGGAUUUUGGAAAAGGGUAUGAAGGAAAAGAUGUAGUUGUUGAGAACCUGAGGCAACUUUGUGUCCACAGAGUCGCCAAUGAAAGUAAUCGUUCUUGGGUUUGGUGGGAUUACGUGACAGAUUUCCACAUUAGGUGUUCGAUGAAGGAGAAAAGGUAUAGCAAAGAAUGCGCCGAGGAUGUUAUGAACUCACUUGAGUUGCCAAUCGAGAAGAUUCAAAAGUGCAUGGGUGACCCUGAGGCCGAUGUGGAUAAUCCUGUCUUAAAAAUUGAGCAAGAUCUGCAGAUUGGUAGAGGAUCUCGGGGUGAUGUCACAAUCUUGCCAACACUAGUUAUUAACAAUGCACAAUAUCGAGGAAAAUUAGAGAGAACUUCAGUGCUGAAGGCUGUAUGCGCAGGAUUUAAGGAAACAAGCGAUCCUCCAAUAUGCCUGAGUGGAGCUAUUGAGACUAAUGAGUGCCUUGAGAAUAAUGGUGGCUGUUGGCGAGACCCACAAUCUAAUGUAACUGCAUGCAAGGACACAUUCAGGGGAAGAAUAUGCCAGUGCCCAGUCGUGAAUGGUGUCCAAUAUCGUGGAGAUGGUUAUCGAUCUUGUGAAGGUGUAGGGCCGGCGAGAUGCACUAUGAACAAUGGAGGCUGCUGGUCUGAAUCAAGAAAUGGACUGACUGUUUCAGCUUGCGCGGAAUUCCAGUUAACAGGCUGUCGUUGCCCAAGUGGAUUCCGAGGAGAUGGUCUGAAAUGUGAAGAUAUUGAUGAAUGUAAGGAGAGUCGUGCAUGUCAAUGUGAUGGAUGCACUUGUAAUAAUCUAUGGGGUGGAUAUGACUGCAAGUGCAAAGGUGACUCUUUAUACAUAUUGGAGCAAGAUACUUGUAUAGGAAGAGAUUCGUCAAGAUUUGGAUGGUUCCUUACACUCUUGGUGGUGUCUGGAGUAGUCGGUGCAGGCAUGGCGGGUUAUAUAUUCUACAAAUACAGGCUGAGGUCAUACAUGGAUUCAGAAAUCAUGGCUAUAAUGUCUCAGUACAUGCCCCUUGACAAUCAACAAAAUGAGGUCCAACCGCUACAUCAACCAGUUUCGGCCGUAUAGGUUGUCUGUAUUUGAAGAUUGAAGCAACAGUGCGUAGUAAGACCUUAUGAGGGAGGAAGAAAUACUUGUGAAACUUUCUAUGCUUGCGUUUUUAGUACGUGCUACUUUCUGGUGCACAAAAGAUAUAUAGUUCAACUGUUCGUCUCCGUCAUCAUCAGUUCAAGAUAGCUUUUCGGUUUCAAGUAUAUGUUUCCAACACAAUACCGUCAAAACAAGGAAAAACUCCUGCCAUUUUAUUUUCUUUGCUUGUGAAAACCGUUCUGUGCAGAUGGACAAAUAAACUGAUGUAGCAUUUAGGUUUUUCUGAUCCUUUAUUUUUCUAUGUAGAUGGAAAUAAAAGUGAUGCAAUUGUAGUCUUGAAGAAUAAUAUAAUUAUGUUUUCCAGGAUUGA